AAUUUUGUAUUUGUAAUGAAAGUUGGUAUUUUGCAAAUCACGACGUGCCUGCAGAUUUUGUACGUCAAAGCGUAAAAUUUUUAUGGUGUUCAUAUCAACAGAUUCGUAACAUUCAAUUAUUCGAAGUAAAUACCUAGGCUUAUAUCAUUUUAUGUUAUGAAUAUGUGCUUGGAAAAUUCAAACGCUUUUAUCCAUUAAAGUCGCCAUUUUGUGUGCCGGUGGGUUAACUUAACUACUUGCAGUUGCCGAAGUGAACAAGUAACCAGAGACAACAACAAACCACUUAUAAAAGUAUUUAAUGUUCCAAGAAACGUUCCCGUUUUCUCAGAUAUUUACAUGGUAGUAUUGACAAUGCCAGCUUGAAUUGAAUAAAAUGACUGUUGCAACUAAGGGACAGAAUAUUAGUAAUAAUUCAGAUCAGACACCUGCGGUGCCUGGGUCCUCUGAUGAUGCUCUUCAAGUUCAGAAUGAUAUGGUUGAACCAGAGUUUCCACAUGAUAAAUUAACAUCCCUUGAUGAAAAGAUUUCUAACAUACGAUGGGUGGUUCCAGUUUUACCUGAACAAGAAUUAGAAUGCCUUCUCAAAGUUUCAACUGAACUUGCUAAGAAAAAUUUAGAUACAAAGUCGGAAGCUUGUCAGAGGUUUUUCCGUGAAAGUCUAACAAUCUCUUUUAAUAAAAUAAUACAAGAUGAUGCAGUAUCCAGUUGGAAACCAAACAUUCAUUUCUGCAUUCAACAGAAUUGUCUGAAAUUAGUUGAAUUGUGUGUUGCUAAAUUACCACAUGACUGGUUCCCUUUACUGGACCUUCUAGCAAUGAUCUUCAAUCCAAGUACAAAGUUCCAUACUUUUAAUUCAGCUAGAUCUAGUGAGACAGCAGGACCAAAUUGUAAUUUAUCAGAAGAAGAACUGUAUGCUAGAUCUUCGUCAGAUAUAAGGAAUCCAAGAGGUUGGUUAGUAGACCUCAUUAAUAGGUUUGGAGAUCUUCAUGGUUUUCAUAUACUUUUGGAGAGAUUUCAGAGUGGUAACAACCUUAGUGUAUCCAUUGUUUAUGCACUAAUAAAACCAUUUGGUUUUUGUUACGAAUAUUUAACUCCCCAUACUAUCCACAAAUUCAUGCUUCCGAUAUUGGAAAUGAUACCAUCUAUCCUUGAUAAGAUCACUGAUGAUGAGCUGAAAAAGGAAGCAAAAAAUGAAUCUAAAAGUGAUAAUAUAUCAAACAUAAUAAAAGCUGCUAAAAAUUUAGCAUCUCGUGUUCCAAACCAAGAAGAGCUCAUACGAACUUUGGAAGGGUUCCGGUUAAAAAUGAUUUUGAGACAGCUACAAAUAUCAAGUUUUAAUGGAAAAAUGAAUGCAUUAAAUGAGAUCAAUAAAGUGAUUUCUAGUGUCACUUACUACCCAAAUAGACACCAUGGAAUUGAAGACGACGAUUGUCUAACAUCUGAAAGAAUGGCUAAAUGGAUAAAUGAAAACCAUGUUCUAGAAAUUGUUCUUAGAGACUCGCUACAUCAACCACAAUAUGUAGAGAAGUUGGAGAAAAUUUUACGAUUUGUUAUAAAAGAAAAGGCCUUGUCUCUAUCAGAUUUGAAUGCUGUAUGGGCAGCACAAGCUGGUAAACACGAAGCCAUCGUUAAAAAUGUGCAUGAUCUGCUAGCAAAGCUAGCUUGGGAUUUCAGCCCUGAGCAGUUGGAUCACAUAUUUGAAUGUUUUCAAACUAGCUGGACAUCAGCGUCUAAAAAACAAAGGGAAAGACUCUUAGAACUCAUAAGAAGAUUGGCUGAGGAUGAUAAAGAUGGGGUGAUGGCACACAAAGUCCUCACUUUGUUCUGGAAUCUAGCUCACGCAGAAGAUGUGCCUACAGAGAUAAUGGAUCAGGCACUCACAGCUCAUGUGAAAAUCUUAGAUUACAGUUGUGCUCAAGAAAGGGAUAUACAGAAAACUGUGUGGCUAGAUAAAUGUGUAGAUGAACUGAAACGAGGAGAUAAAUGGGUUCUUCCUGCUUUGAAACAAAUUAGAGAGAUCUGUAUUUUAUAUGAACAAAGCACAAAUGGUGGACACAGUCAACGAAGUCAUCAUAUUUUUUACAGACAGGAGGUUAUAGAAAGGCUUCAGAAUCAGCAUUCAUUGGUCAUUUUAGUUACCAAUAGUUUAACUAGUUACAUGGAUCGUCUCAGAAAUUUGCACAAGACAAAUCCUGAAUUGACCAGUGAAACAUAUACACCCGAUGGGCGAUAUUCUCAUACUUUGCAGGUUCAGGAACGCCUCAAUUUUUUAAGAUUUCUUCUCAAGGAUGGUCAAUUGUGGCUGUGUUCUGAUCAGGCAAAACAAAUAUGGCAGUGCUUAGCAGAAAAAGCUGUUUUCCAGUCUGACCGAGAAGCUUGUUUCAAAUGGUUUUCUAAAUUGAUGGGAGAUGAACCAGAUUUAGAUCCUGGUAUCAAUAAAGAUUUUUUUGAGAAUAACAUUCUUCAAUUGGAUCCCACUUUGGUAACAGAAAGUGGUAUUAAAUGUUUUGAGAGAUUUUUCAAGGCAGUUAAUAUGAAAGAAGGAAAACUGAAAGUUAAAAGAAGGUCACAUUUAACUGAAGAUUUAGAUUUGAUAGGUUUAGAUUAUUUAUGGAAAAUUGUUACAAUUUGUGGUGAAGAUAUAGCAUUUAAAGCAAUAGAAAUUCUAAAAGAAGUGAGCACUAAUUUGGGCCCUAAGCUUAUGAGGGCUCAAAUGCAGUUUCAUGAGAAUUUUAUAACUGAAUGUUAUGACAGACUGAGAGCCCAUUACGAUACCGUGACUGUCUUACAAGAGUCCGAAAAUGAUAAAAAAUUUGAUUCGAACCAACUACAGAAUCGUAUCAGAGCAGAAGCUGUCAAAUUGUGUCGUGUUAUCAGAGUACUUCAUGAGUAUUUGAGCGAGUGCGACAACGCUUUCAUUGGGGACAGAAAAAUAUUACCUUUAUACAGAGCCUACAGAGGAAAACAUCUUGCCCUCAUUAUAAGGUUUUCUAGUCCUAAUAGGCCCGUGGAAGAUUUGGAAUUAUUUACUCAUUCAAAUGAUACUGUUGCAUCACUCAGAAAGAAUAUAUCAAGAAGAAUCAAACCAGGAAUUCAUUGUAAAUUGGAACUAUCUUUGAAUGGAGAAUGCUUGGAUUCGACCGAGGAUAAGAAGCUUCUCUCUCAAAUACCUCUUAGGGAUAAAAUGUUGAUUUCUGCUAAGAUUAUUCAGAUGAAUUCUAAUAUGGCAUCAUCUCAGGAUAGCAGUUCUGAUAGCUCAACUUCAUCUCCUCAACAUCCAUAUGAUGGUCCUACGAUUGACACAGAAAAUUCAGUUCCUUCUGUUAUCUCACCAGGAAAACUAGUGGAAAAUUUUCUUCCUGGAGUUAUGAUGUCUAGUCAUUACGUGUAUGCUCGUUUUUUUUGUCAACUUUAUCAGUUAGGAAGUGAUUUGGGUUUCACACCCCUCAGAGACGGUGCAUGGUCUUUACUACAGAUUAUACCUUGUGACAGCACCACAAUGGAAAAUUGGGUAUCUCUGUUAAUGAGCAAUUCUCUGCCUGUUGAACAGAAGCUAUCCCUUGAUCAGGUCCUUACAAAAGGAACACCAUCUGAGGUUUUAUAUAAUUUGGAAGUUUUGUAUGCCAUGCUGAUGCCGGCUCUGGAUCUUACCGAGAAAACUUAUGAAUUCCAAUACUGCUUCAUGACGAGUGGCUUUGCACAUUUAUUUUUGGAAAUGUUGACCAAAAAUAACUUUAUGUCGGGCGCUGACAAUGCUACAAAACGUGCAGCCUAUCUGGUGGUUCUUAAAAUAAGCAAAUUAAUCCUUACCUCUAUCGCUCAUGUGUUAGUCAGACUAAGCGAAGAUCAUACACCGCAAGAAACGGAAGUAAAUGGCGAGACUGUUACAACUCCUGGGAUGUUCCUCAAAAACGCCCUCAGAUCUGUACCUGGCCAUUCUGAUCAUAUAGUGCGACAAGUUUCAAUAAAACUCAGUCAAGGAUUGGCUCAACUGAUAGUAGCUGAAUCAGAAGAAGGAACUGCCCAAGCUGAUGCCCUCUUCAAUCAGGCCUUGAAUUGGGAGCUUCCAGACUUGGCCACAACAUUAGCACUGGUGAGAUUGAUCUGGGCUGCAAGCAGUAACAAUCUAUCUGAAUUGAAUGCAUCCCCUGAGAUACUUCAUUCUUUGUCUGAUCCCAAUAAGCAAAAUGUUCCUAUAUCCUUGCAACAAGAAGACAUACUUUUAUGCAGGGAAGCAUUAGAACUUCUCAGUAUAGCAUUGGUUUUAAAUCCUAGUAGUUUAGAACAUCUUUGUAAUGAUAAAAGGUGGCCGUACUUCGUUACUGAUUUAGUACUUCUAAAUCCUAGUUCUUCGAUCAGAAUAGCGGCUGCUGAACAGUUGAUCACCAUAUGCACCUGUGGUGCAAGCAGCCGCUUGGCCCUCCAAUUGAUUCUACCAUUAUUGUUUGAUCUACUUGAUAACUUAGUUAUUGAGAAUGCAGACACCUGUCACGAAUUUUUCCAGCUUUUGUGUCAGUUGGUUAAUGUAGCCCAUAUAACAGGAUGCCCCCUUGAUUAUGCUGAUACUCUUCUUGGAAAUGAAGUAGCUUGGCUACGGAAAGCAAGAAACAAACAUGAAGUUCUUAUAGAAGGACAUCUUGGGUUAGCCAAAGAACUUUUGUGUUUCAUGAAUCCAGAACAAAAAUGUGAAUUGGGAAGUGACGAAUCAGGAAGUCUUAUAAGAGAACUGCUUGAAGAUUUCUUGUUCCCCGCAAGCAAACUUAUGUUACAAUUGAUAAAAACAGGCCAACUUGGAGAGGACCCUGCAACUCCAAUAUGCGAAACCCCUCAAACACAAGCAGCCGCCUUCGAGUUACUGAUAGCCUUGUGCUCUAACUGUGUUCCCAAUUAUCAACAGUUGGUGGAAAUGUUGACAGAGAUGUUUUAUUCUGAUCCUGAUACGGCACUACUUGAAUGGGACUAUCUGCCAACCAUCGGCCCUCGACCGCUCCAAGGUUUCGUGGGGUUGAAAAAUGCGUGCGCUACAUGCUACAUGAAUUCAGUUCUUCAACAGUUGUACAUGGUUGAUAGUAUAAGACAAGGAAUAUUAUCUGCAGAAGGAGCUGCAACUGAUCCAAAUGAAGAUUUCAGUGGCGAAGAGAGAUUGGAUCUGGAUGCAGAUUGUACAGAUUCCCGUUGUUAUGUAGACGAUGACAGAAAAGACUAUAAUGUUGGGAUAUUGAAGCAGGUACAGGCUAUUUUUGGUAACCUUGCGUACUCUCGCGUUCAGUAUUAUGUACCCAAAGGACUUUGGAGACAUUUCAAACUUCAAGGUGAACCUGUAAACUUAAGGGAACAACAAGAUGCCGUGGAGUUUUUUAUGUCACUUGUGGAAAGUUUAGAUGAAGCAUUGAAAACUUUGGGUCAUGAACAAAUAAUGUCAAAAAUUUUAGGUGGAUCUUAUUCUGACCAAAAAAUUUGCAAGGAAUGUCCUCACAGAUAUUCCAAAGAAGAACCAUUUAGUGUAAUAAGUGUAGACAUAAGAAAUCACAGUAGUUUACAAGAUUCAAUGGAACAGUAUGUGAAAGGGGAAAUAUUAGAAGGCGCAGAUGCCUAUCACUGUGAAAAAUGUGCUAGAAAAGUAGUAACAGUAAAAAGACUUUGUGUUAAAAAGUUACCUCCUGUCUUGGCUAUUCAGUUGAAAAGGUUCGAAUAUGAUUUUGAACGAGUGUGUGCCAUUAAGUUUAACGACUAUUUUGAGUUUCCAAGAGACCUUGAUAUGGAACCAUAUACUGUUCAAGGCUUAGCCAAAAUUGAGGGGGAAAUGAUCGACUGUGAUUUAGAUUCUAGUGGUAGUGAAGUGUGCACCAAAUAUAGAUUGUCUGGAAUUGUUGUUCAUUCUGGUCAAGCUUCAGGAGGCCAUUAUUAUUCUUACAUCCGUCAUAGAAAUCCAUCUGGAGAGAUACGAUGGUACAAAUUUGAUGAUGGUGAUGUAAGUGAAUGUCGAAUGGGAGAAGAUGAAGAGAUGAAAGUUCAAUGUUUUGGUGGGGAAUAUAUGGCAGAAGUUUUUGAUCCGAUGAUGAAAAGAACUACUUAUCGUCGCCAAAAGCGAUGGUGGAAUGCCUAUAUGUUAUUUUACACCAGACAAGAUUUGGUUAAGGAAAAUUUUGUAAAAAGCUUAGAGGAUUUGAGCUUAUCAGAAAAAAAAUGUAGUCGUUUGAAAAUGCCAGUUGCUAUUGAAAAUAGUAUAAGAAAGCAAAAUAUAAAAUUCCUACAUCACCGUAGUCAAUUUUCAGUGGAAUAUUUUCAAUUUAUAAAAAAAAUGGCUGCAAAUAAUGCUCAUUUAGUGCCCAGAUCAAGUCAAGGUGUUUCCAAUGAAAUGGAACAGCAAAGUCUCCUCAGUUUGCAACUAGUCAGUAAUUUCCUUUUUCAUUCUGGAUGGCAUACAAAAAAAAAUCUGAGGGGUCCAGCCUUAGAAUGGGGAGAUGUAGUGUGCCUUCAUCUUAGAAUAAGUCCAACUAUCAGAUCAUGGUUUGCUACCAAUAUAUUAUUCAACAAUCCACAAAGAUUCUGUGAAUACCUUCUCAGCUGUCCAAGUAAUGAAGUUCGAACAGCUUUCAUGAAAAUUGUGGUGUUACUGGCUCACUUUUCCAUCAAUGACGGUCCUUGUCCACCACCACUGGGUUUCAACAAUCAGGACCCUAAUGCAUCUCUUAGUGACCACAUUUUAUGGGCAAUAUUAGCAUUGCUGCAACGGGAAGUGAGUGAGCAUGGCCGGCAUCUACCACAUUACUGCAACGUGUUCCACAUGUAUGCUAACCAAGGUAAUCAAGAAAAAGCUCAAUUAUUGAAAAUGAACGUUCCUGCGACCUUCAUGCUGGUGGCCUUAGAUGAGGGUCCUGGUCCUGCCAUCAAAUACCAAUAUACGGAAUUAGGUAGACUUAACCAACUGGUUUCUUGUCUUAUACGCUGCUGUGAUGUUAGUUCAAAAUGUCAGUCAAGUACCGGUGCUCCAAUUUUACCUAAUCCUUAUGGUGAACUUGGUGUUAACGAGUAUAUUAUGCCAAUUUCUGUACAAGCUUCGGAAAUACUCUACAAUAAUAAUAGUUAUAUAAAGAAGAUGAUAGAGGACAACAAUCCAACUGAUGAGACAGUGAAAUUAUUGCAGUUUUGUUGCUGGGAAAAUCCUCACUUCUCUAGAAUCGUCCUAUCAGAACUUCUUUGGCAAAUAGCUUUUGCUUAUUGCCAAGAGCUCAGGCCACAUAUAGAGAUCUUACUAAAUAUAUUAAUUAUUGAGGAUUCCUGGCAGACUCAUCGAAUUCAUAACGCUUUGAAAGGGGUUCCGGAAGAUAGAGACGGAUUGUUGGAUACUAUAAACAGAGCAAAAAAUCAUUAUCAGAAACGCGCUUAUCAGUGUAUAAAAUGUAUGGUAGCAUUAUUUAGCAAAUGUGCCGCCGCCCAGAAAAUGCUGCAUUCCCAUGCGGAUUUAAAAAGGCAAUGGAUUGUGGCAGUUACUUGGUUACAAGAAGAAUUGGAAAGAAAAUAUCCACAAAAUAGUCAAUACAAUUAUAGUACGUGGUCCCCACCAACACAAAGUAAUGAAAGUUCAAGUGGAUACUACUUGGAAAGAUCCAACAGCGCUAGAAAAACACUCGAAAGAGCAUUAGAAUUACUGCCAGAAAGUGAGAGAGAAGAUGAGUAUUUGAGUGAAAGGGAAGAAGAGUACCUCAGUGAAAAGGAAGGCCAAGAUGAUACUGGGGACAUACAGGUAGAGGCUGGACCUGAUAUGCCAGACGUUACCCAGAGCUGCGAAACCACAUCAAAUCCUUAGUGAGGGAGCUAGUUAAGGACACUUUCUUUUUGCUAGGUUCAAGUUGAUAAACAUGUAAAACAGUACAAAGUUCGCAUUCAUCAAAAUAACUAAUUUAUUGCAAUGAAUGCAAUUUCUUGAAAAACAGACUUUACGAAAAGUGAAUUUUGUACUGAUUCUAGCAUUAAUUUAUCAUUAUUUAUUCGACAGAAAUGAGGGACAUGUGAUAAUUAUUUGUAUAUAAAUCGUGAACUGAUGCAUUUCCAAACCUUUAUAUUGAAUGCAUUUUCUUCUGCCUGAAGGAGUUUGUUAAAUGCUAGCGUCCCUUGUCUCCAAUAAAACGCCCUUCUGAUAUGUUUGAUUAAACAGAAGGUAGAUUAGAUUUAGAUUUUAAAAAAGUUCAUAUUAAUCGUAAACCUCAUCUUUGGUUUCCUAUUGUAUCCUCAAAUUUUCUUUUGUUAUUUCAGUUGUUUAGUGAAUAUUCUAUCAUGCUUCUUCUGAAAAUUGAAAUUAUCAAAUGUAAAAACAUUGAAAUUAAGAAAAAAAAAAUGAAAUUAUAUAUUUAAUAUGAACUAUUCAGAAAUGAAUUGUUACUUUUGAAUUCAUUCAAUGGUUUGCAAAAUGUUUGUGACAGCAGUGUAAAGGAUUAAUUUUAAGUCGCUCGAAAUGUGUAAAUACUAUUACUGUCGCCUAGAGUUUUUAUUGUUUUUACUUGUUAUUAUAUUAUUUUUACUAAACUUCUCUUGUGAUAAAAUAACUGUUUAUAAUGAACAGGACGCCGUAAUUCUGUUGAUAUACUUCGAGUGAUUUUCAAAGUAGUUGCAAGAAAUAAACAGUUAAUAUCUUCAAGAAUGUUCAAGUGUAUGUAAAUAUUUAGCCAAAUCGAAGUUGUUUGUACGACACCUAUUUUAUUAUUUUUUUUUGUGAUGAUAUCAUUUUGUUUGAAAUUUUCCAUUUGAAGUUAUAACAGAUAUUGAUUGUUAUUGAUAUGGUAUUGAAAGGCUUUUCUCAUACUCGACAAAUGAGAAUUUUCAAUUUUCUGGAAGGAAUGUUGAGUUCUGGUUACUGGAAACUUUAAUAUUUUGAAGAAAAUUCCUGUUUUUUAUACAUCAAUUUUUUAUAAUGCUCGAAAUUUUCAUUCAGGAUUAUACUGAAAAAUGAAGUUAAUUUCAAUUGUCUCUUCAACUUAGUAUCAUCAAAUAAAUCGAAAAUAUUUGCAAAUAAAUGCAUCAAUUCCAUUCUUCUGGGGAAUAUGACGAACAUCAAAUUUUAAUCCUGGCCUGCAAUAUUACCAAACUUCAAAUCAAUAUAAUUCGAAGAAAGCGAUUAUGCAUGUAACAAUUCAUUAAAAUUCAGAUUUUCUUGAAAUGAUUAAUUCUCGUUAUGACUUCAUGAAUUAUUGUUGAUCCAAUGGGUUCUUUUUCUUUGUAUGUGACUUCUGCACAUUUAGGGAUAAAAUUUAUCUGAAAAUUUAAGUUUGAUUCCUACAGUUCAAUAUCAUAUUUUUUUUAUAUUUCCCACUUUCUGCCGAAUCCGUUGAAUAUUCACAUCAAACAUAUUUAAUAUGAGAAAGAAAAAUUACAAUACUAAUUUAUCAAUAAUGUAUUUUACUGUU